UUUUUCCUGUUUUUGACUCCGAACUACAAUUCCCAAGAUGCACUGCGGGGAGCUGUGAAGCUGGAGUCAACCGUCUGGUUCAGACACACAUACACGUUCUAUCCCGCCUUCCUUCAACAUGGGAAAUGGAAUCAAUAAGGUCCUGCCUUACUUGUAUUUGGGAAAUUUUAGAGAUGCCAGAGACCGAGAGCAGUUAGCCAAGAACAACAUCACCCACAUCUUGUCCAUCCAUGACACAGCGGCACCCAUCCUCCAGGAGAUGACCUAUCUGUGCAUUUCAGCGGCCGACCUGCCCACAGAAAACCUGACUCAACACUUUAAACAGAGCAUCAUGUUCAUGCAUGAGUCACGGCUGAAAGGAGAAGGCUGCCUGGUUCACUGUCUGGCAGGGGUGUCCCGCAGCGUCACUCUGGUGGUCGCCUACAUCAUGACAGUGACCGGACUGGGCUGGAAGGAAGCUCUGGCUGCAGUGAGAGUGGUCCGGCCCAGCGCUGGGCCCAAUUUGGGAUUUCAGCGCCAGCUGCAGGAGUUCGAGACGACUCAUGUUCAUGAAUUCAGGAAAUGGCUCCAGAGGGAAUAUAAGGAUACCAAGUUCAACGAUGAAGCAGAUAUUAUGGAGCUGCUUGAUUCUUCUAAAGCCAAAGGUGACCAAGUGGAAAACUUGGAAUCGAGCUCACAGGGAUCUCUCUGACAUCAUUUGCAGCCACGGCCACCAUCAAGCUGAGAAAGCACCGCAUAAGUCUGAAAUGCUGGACUGCUCGCACAAACACCAAGAACUUGUUUUACCAUUGAUUGACGUCCUAAUUUAUAGGUUGCGCUACGCUUCCGCUGUUUUUUUUUUUUUUGUUUUGUUUUGUUUUUUUUUUUUGUACAAUGUCACUCCGAUUUCAAAUUGAGAAAUAAUAAAAACAGUCCAUUUACAUUA